AUGCCUGAUGACGUACCGCAAGGGUUGAAGGUUCGUGACGGGGUCAGGCAUGCGUGGAAAGCAAAGCAAUGUGGAUGCAAUCUGAUGAGAAACGUUGCGUGUCCUGUCGAAGCUUUGCCCUGCUUUGUUGGGAUAGGGAUAGGGCUGAUUGAUGACUGUCCAGCAAGAGUUGACAAUGUCUAG